AUGUCGGUGUCCCUGUCCAGCAUCCCCGUAGUGCUGAAGGACAGAAGCUGCUUCCAAGUCGGCAUGCUGAAGGGCUUCUACGCGGCCCCUCUUCCCAGCCCCCACCACCACCACCACCACCUCCACCACAUGGACUUCCUCCCGCAGACUCACAGCCCCCUCCAUCCGCUCAAGUCCCUCGGCCGUCUGGUCUCGGACACUCGGGCGAACCCGCACGGCGGAGCCCCGCCGCUCCACCACCAGCACCACCUCCACGCGUCGGUGCUGCACGAACACGUGUUGCGCGUCCCCGGCGUCCCCUACCUGAGCCAGAUGUUGCCCGGGCACCCGCUGUACUCACAAAAACCGGAGGAGCUUGCCGCCGUGGUGACCGAGCACGCCGCCGGCCCGCUGUCUUCGGACUUCGGCAGCCCGUCCAGCGGGAGGUCGUCCUGCGCCGCUUCUUCGGCCGCCCCCUCGCCGCCCAAGGAGAGUUCGUUUCGCCUCCGGUCGCCGGAUAAAACGCGCGCGUCUUUUAAUUUCAGCGAGGAGGACUUGUUCACGGUGCUCUACGGUUACUCCGGCGGCCGCGAGCGCACCGUGAGUCACGCCAUAUCAGGACUGGCCCUCCCCGAAAAGUCAGUUUCCGACUCUCACAUUCUCCCACUGGACAGAGAAACACUUGAACUUCCAGACGGAUUAACCGUCGUCCAGGCAUCGUGGGGAAACGUGUCACACUGUGGAGUUUUCACGGACAAAAGCAGCAUCCCUCAAGGCACGCGCUUCGGACCAUUCCAAGGGAAGCUGGUCAAUACCAGUGAGAUAAAAACAUACGACGACAACACCCUCAUGUGGGAGGUGUUCGAAAACGGCCGGUUGAGUCAUUUCGUAGACGGCCGGGGGGCCUCAGGGAACUGGAUGUCCUCGGUGAAGUGUGCCCGCUUCCCGGAGGAACAGAACCUGAUUGCCGUGCAGAUCCAGAAUCAGAUCUUCUACGAGGCUUGCAAAGAGAUCCGACCGGGCCAGGAGCUGCUGGUGUGGUAUGGAGACUGCUACAUGCAGUUCCUCGGCAUCCCCCUCACGCUGAAGGACCCCAGAGAGGGAAACGGCGUGGUUCCCCCCGCUGAAGACUCCGGUGAAGGUUUCAAGUGUGACAGAUGCGGGAAAGUGUUUGCGUACAAGUACUACAGAGACAAGCACCUGAAGUACACGCGCUGCGUGGACCAGGGCGACAGGAAGUUCCCCUGUCACCUCUGCACCAGAUCUUUCGAGAAGAGGGACAGAUUAAGGAUCCACAUCUUACACGUUCACGAAAAGCACAGGCCUCACAAGUGCUCAGUGUGCGGAAAGAGUUUCUCCCAAUCCUCCAGUCUCAACAAACACAUGCGCGUGCACUCUGGAGAACGGCCUUACAAGUGCGUCUACUGCAAUAAGGCCUUCACUGCCUCCAGCAUUCUGCGCACACACAUCCGCCAGCACUCCGGAGAGCGGCCCUUCAAGUGCAAGCACUGCGGGAAGGCCUUCGCUUCACACGCCGCCCACGACAGCCACGUCAGGCGGACCCACGCCAAGGACAAGCCCCACGCCUGCGACCUGUGCGGAGCUUCUUUCCAAGACGAACUGGAAUUUAAAUAUCACAUGAAAAGUCAUACAAACAGCCAAAUCAUGGACAGCACAAUGGUUCCUCCUUCUCCAGGAGGUGGAUUACAGAAGGGCUCCGUGUUUCCAGCGAAGGACAAUCCGAACAUACAGAAGAGCGCCGGACUAAACUUUCCUUACACGGGGAUAACCGUUUUGAAUCCAGAAUAUCGGCCCUGGAACUAAGAAAAACAUUCUAAAUGUGUGUAAUAUUUGAGAUGAUUUGAGAGGUUGGGUCUCUUCGUUUUUCUUCAU